AUGCAGGAGAAGAUGGAUACACAUCCUCUCUCCACUCAUCUCCUUUUAGUCAUUCUCAGCAUCAGUGCAGUCUACAGUGAAGAAGACACAGAAACCCAGAUCUGUCUUGAGCACCAAAAAGCCUUUGAAGGCUCCUGCUAUGAGUUUGUGACCCUGCAGCGAAGCUUCCUCGAAGCUCAAAGUUGGUGUGAGCGUGGAGGUGGACACUUGGCCUUCAUCCAGAAUGAUGAGACGCAGCAAUUUCUCCACAGACAUUUGCAAUUAGAGCAGGACUGGUGGCUAGGUCUGGCACCUUCCUCCUUCAACUUCAGCAUGGGCUCCGCUGCCACAGAGGGUUCCUUGUCCUGGCUGGAUGGAUCCGAUGUGAGUUACUCUAACUGGUUCCGUGAACCUGAGGUUGGAGAAGCUUGUGGUUACAUCAUGAAGCAAUCUGGAUUUCAGUGGGCAUCAACAGAAAACUGUAGUCAAGAGCUCCACUUUAUCUGCGAGUUUGAGUCAGGACAUGCUCUAGCCUGUCUGGAACACAAUGCCACGCUACAGUGUGGCUCUGGUCAGGUUAUAGAGAUCGAUGACAGCUUCUACGGCAGGAAGACACCGCACUACUGCAGGGCUGGACACUCUCUGGCUGAUAUAUCUUUACAGGAGGAGUGCAGCUGGGUCGACGUGGUGGAUACGGUUUCGGGGCACUGUCAUGGGUUGCAGGUAUGCCAGGCUGUAGCAGACGUAGCAUCCUUUGGAGAGCCAUGCCCAGGACUAGGAAGCUAUUUAUCAGUGGAUUAUCACUGCAAAGAUGGUCUUCAUCUAUUGAUCAACAAGCAAGCUGCUGUCUUUCAAAACAUCACCUUGGCCACAAAAUGGUUGCUCCAUCCUUUCCAAGGAAAUCUUACGUGUACUUUGAAUGCUGGUGAUGGACACACUAUUGACCCCUACAUGCCUGAAGAGUUACAGAGUAUUAUAGUGCACAGAUACCAACGUGCUGGAGUGUACACUGUUACAGUGGAGUGUAGCACCAGUGAGUGGCAUGUGACAGCUCAGAAAACCAUCAGAAUCCAAGAACCUGUUGGGAAAUUUAGCAAAAUUGUGUGCCAUAGCUCAAACCAGACAACAGACAGUGAAAACUGCAAAGGUCUCAAUAACCAUGUGCUGAGAAUCCAAGUGCAGCUCAGUGCUGGUACUAACAUCACAUACAAAAUUCAACAUGGAAUCACUGAGCUUGUACGCUCUUCUGAAGUCAGAGGGAUUGUUCCUCACAACAUCACUAUCACUCAAGAAACUUUACAACUGUUGGGCUUGGGAUGCCAUCAACUUAGUCUCCUGGCUUCCAAUGGAGUGACUGCUCCAGAUGUGUCUGUUCCUCUGGAACUUUGCUUGGUGGAGCCAGUGGAUGGUCUUAAAGCCUCUGUGGCACCAGAACAGGACCUGUGCUCAGACUCAGCUCUAUAUGUUAAUGUCUCUUUGGACCACGGUGCUCCAGUUGAGUUGCUCUUUCUGGUGACUGCGGAUAACGAUAGCUUCUCAGAGAUCCAUCGCAUGCUAAAUGGGAGUUUACAGAUGUUCAGGACAGGAGAUCAUACAGGAGAGCUAAGUGGCAAUAUCUUGAUGAUCACUGCAAACCCAGAGAGCCCAGUUGUAGGCACAAGUAGUAUAAUGUUGGAUGUUAAUGGCCUAAAUGGAAAUGCUAACCAUUACACAUUUGCCUGGAACUGCAGUGGAACUUGUCCCUGUAAUGUUAGCACUCAGACUAAAACCCAUCAGAUAAAUGCUACUUGUCUUCCACCACCCUACAGUUUUUCAGUUUACACUGUGACUGCUCAGAAGACUACAGUGCAGCUAGAGGAACAGACAGCAAGCAAAUGCAUCUUUGUAUCUCCAGGGAAUGAUUUAAAUCCUGUCAUUACAUGUUCCAAUUGCAACCCAGUGAAUGUCAAAGCGAAUGUUAAUCUGCAGUUGCAGUGUGAAGGCUGUCAGCAAAUUGUUUGGUACUUUGAGGACAAAAGCCAUGUUCCUGAUGUUUUGAGUUCCUGCUAUUCUGAAACAGGGCAGAAAUCCCUGAUAAAACAGAAGGAAGGUGCCAGUUCUUUUAUAAUCGAGAGUGAAAUUCUAGUCAAUGCACAGCAGAACAUAAACGUUGUUGUGUACGGUGUAAGAGAUGGAUUAUCUGGAUCAACUGAAUUCACCAUCCCAAUAUUCGGUGUCUCGUCUACUUUGUUCCCAACAUUACUACCUAAUAGUCAAGCCACAAAUAGGCAGCCUGCAUCCCAAACCCAAUCACAGGCUGUUAUAACUACCCCCAAUACUCCCUUUAGUUCUCCCACCACUGCAAUUAAUCCUCUACUAGAUGUAGCACCGUCCUGUAACAUUAACCCCACUGUUGGAGACAUUUUCUCUCCCUUCAACAUCCUUUGUACUGUAGCUCCUUCGUUCUGCAAAUCUGGACCAUGCAUGUACUGCUUCAGAACAUCCACUGGUGACUACUUGUACUGUGGCCAUAACCAGACAGUGAAGUCACUCUUUCUCCCUCUUGGAGGUGGUACUAACUACACCCUGGUUGUAGCAGUCAUUGUUGAGAAUGUGGAAGGAGAGAAGAUAAACACAACUUUAUCUGUCCAGGUAAAUGAUGUUAGUACUGGGCACUCAGUGGAGGAUCUACAGGGCUUUGUGUCCAAGCAGGUGGACCAAAUGUUGCAGCAUGGGAAGCUGACAGGGGCAACACUAGCCCAGAUGUUCCAGUCCGUGUCAUACAGGCUGAAUGAGGACACACCUGAGGGCCAAAAACAAGAUGCAAAGAUGAAGCUCCGAGAGAAGAUGCUGAUAGACCUAGGCACAGCUGUGAAUUCUGCCCCUCUAAAGAACCCUGGAGAAGUGCAAAAGACAGCUGAUGCUGUAGUGAGCCUCACUACACAGAGUGAAGAGCUGACAUCUACAGCUCAGCUAGAGGCUAGUUCAAUUUUGUCAAACCUCAGUUUGUCCCUGGUCUCUCUCACACUCUCUGAGGGGGACGACCAAGAAGUAACAAAGCAGGCGGUCAUACCCAUCAUCCAGGCUGCCAGUAACAUCCUCAAAGUUUCUGCCAGAACAGACCAGCAGGAUGUCAUUUCUGAAAACCUGCUACAUGCAGCAGACAAUGUCCAAAGUGCACUGCUGGUUGGUGCAAGUGUAGACCAAGAGCCUAUUAUUGUUAGCACCUCUGAGAUCAGUGUGUAUGUAAACAGAAUGUCCCCAGUGGCACUUCAGAAGCAGUCCUUCAGUAUUGAGUACAACAGCUCCGCCAGCUUUGUGCUCCCGUCUUUGGGUCCUAAUGUGCUGCCUUUAGAAGAGACAGUGGAUCUACGGAUGCUGAGUUUUGCGAUAAACCCUUUCCCCUUGAGGGAAGGUGAACUCAUCAGUGGAGCAGUGGCAUCUCUGUCCAUCACUCGAGAGAAUGGAUCUGUUAUCCCAGUAUCAGACCUCAGUGAGGAGAUUGAGAUUAUCUUGUCGAGACCAGAGGCUGAAGUUAACAGUACAUUUCUGGACCUGAAGAACUACAGUACUUUAAUUAUUAAUGUGACUACACCAAAUAUAUCUCUGGUUUUGAAAUUGGACCCCUCAGAUGAGAUACCUUUACAUUUACUCCUGGGGUUUGAACACUACCCAAACAACACUCACUACAAGACCACAAUUCAGCUGCCUCAACCAGGCAAUUCAGCAGAAGACAGGUAUGCAUGGGUCCUGGAUUCCAGGGAUAUAACACUAGAAGUAGGGGUUUACUAUCUUCUGGUGAGGCCUAUUGGUUCAGCAGUUUUAAACUCCUCAAAUGCCUCAGUGUACAUCACGUCGAUAGCUGCUCAGUGUAAGUACUGGGAUGAGACUGAAACCACAUGGAGUGACAAUGGCUGCAGGGUUGGACCUCACACCACACCACUGCUUACUCAGUGCCUGUGUACUCAUCUAACAUUUUUCGGCAGUUCUUUCUUUGUCAUGCCCAACCUUGUAGACGUGUCCCGCACAGCUGAACUUUUCGCCACGUUUGUCAAUAACCCUGUAGUGGUGUGUUUCGUGGGCGCUAUUUUCCUCAUCUACCUCAUAGCUGUGGUUUGGGCUCGACGAAAGGACAUCCAAGACACUGCAAAGGUGAAAGUCACAGUGUUAGAUGAUAAUGAUCCCUUGGCUGAAUAUCGCUACUUACUGACCAUCAGCACUGGGCAUCGCCGUGGAGCAUCUACAUCAUCUCAGGCUACAGUGACUCUGCUGGGCUCUGAGGGAGAAAGUGAGCCCCAUCACCUAACUGACCCAGAAAAGCCGGUAUUUGAAAGAGGAGGAACGGACAUGUUCCUCCUCACCACGCCGUUCUCACUUGGAGAGCUGCAGAGCAUCAGAUUAUGGCAUGAUAAUUCUGGGAAACAUCCUGCAUGGUAUGUUAAUAAGGCGAUGGUCCAAGACCUGGAGACAGGACAAAAGUGGCAUUUCUUAUGUAGUUCAUGGCUGGCUAUUGAUGUCGGAGAGUGCACCCUGGAUAAAGUGUUUCCUGCAGCAACAGAAACUGACUUAAAAAGGUUUAGUAAUCUGUUCUUUAUGAAAACCACAAAAGAUUUCCAAGAUGGUCACAUUUGGUUUUCAGUGAUCACUCGGCCACCCAAUAGUAACUUCACCCGAGUACAGCGUGUUUCAUGCUGUUUCUCUCUGUUGCUCUGUACCAUGCUGACCAGCAUCAUGUUCUGGGGGAUUCCCACUGACCCUUCUGAACAGACCAUGGAUCUGGGGAAGAUCGAGUUUACCUGGCAGCAGGUGAUGAUUGGGAUCCAGAGCUCCAUUAUUAUGUUUCCCAUCAACCUUCUUAUAGUAAGCAUCUUCAGAAAUGUUCGACCAAGAGAACGAGCAACAGAUCAAACUCCUAAACAGUCUAAGACCGCUUCUGUUAAGCAAGGAAAAACAGGACGGGUGUCGCCAACCCAACCUCCGUCUCCACAGAGUGACCACAGGGAGAUCACGCCAGAUGCUGUGACCAAGGACAUCAAGAGGAUAGCCCAAUCUCUCUCCAAGGCUCUGAGGAGCCCUAUGCCAACGAUAGACCCUGAGAAAAUGGAUAUCAACGAUCUCCUGUCACUAGUUGAAGACAUUAUUUGUCAGCAGAACCGUGUAGGCGAGUUUUACUCUGAUGCCUCCAAAAAGGAACUCGCCAUCUCUCUGGGUGCUGUAAAUCUUCAUGAAAGGAGUCCUGAAAAUAUACCAAAAGAGAAACACAGAAUUUUCAGGCAGUAUCUCUACAAACAACUUCAGAAUGUGGAGAAAGAGCUGAGACUGCUGGGUCCUUCCCGGUUCUCUAAACCAGAGAGCUACAUUCAGGCAGUGCUGCAGGUUCAGGGCAUGAAACGAUUGCUAGAGCCAUAUCUCUCCUCCAGCUCCAACAGAGACCAGAUCUCCUGUAGCUCCAGUCUGGGGGAGCAUGCUGGAGGUGAUAAGAAGUGUUGUCAGAAAGGCUUACCCUGGUGGUUUGUGUUUGUUGGCUGGAUUCUUGUUGCAGCCACUAGUGGAGUGUCAGCAUAUUUCACCAUGAUGUAUGGGUUGACUUAUGGAACGGAUCGCUCUAUUAGCUGGCUUAUUUCUAUGGUUGUGUCAUUUUUUGAGAGCCUCUUCAUUACCCAGCCUAUAAAGGUGCUUGGAUUUGCAGUCUUCUUUGCUCUGGUUCUAAAGACAGUCGAUCAAGAAGAUUAUGGAGAUGUUUCAAUUGAGGGUGCUUUAUCAAGUACAGAUGAUCCUGAUAGCAUAUGUAUUGCCAGGAGGGACAGCACAUGUAGUUUCUAUCAGCCUCCUCCUCCUUGUGAUAUUGAGAAGAUGAGGAACAACAUGAUCAAAGAACAGAAAGUCUUUGCACUCAUCAGGGAGAUUCUCAUUUAUGUAGGGUUCCUCUGGAUGCUACUCCUGGUGGCUUACGGUCAGCGAGAUCCAAAUGCUUUCUACCUCACUCAACACAUUCAGCAGAGUUUUAGGACCGGCAUUGCUGACAGUAUGACCUACAAAGAUGUCUUUACCUGGGCAAACACCACCCUCCUGAAUAGAGUUUUUGGACAACAACCAGGCUUUAUCACAGAUGGAAACUCAAAGCUCGUAGGCAAUGCUCGACUCCGGCAGGUUCGAGUGCACAAGGACUCCUGCAGGACCUCCAGCUUCAUGAGCCGUUCCAUCCAUGACUGCAAUGCUCCAUAUUCUUGGGAGGUAGAGGACAUGGGCUCCUACAGUCCAGGCUGGAACCGAUCAACAGAUGUAAAUGUGUCAAAGAGUCUCCUCAUGCCAUGGUGGUACCAAACCCAGUCCAGACUCAGGGCGCAUCCUAUCUGGGGUGGGGUGGCUUUCUACAGAGGUGGAGGCUUUGUUGUGGACCUGGGGCCUAACAAACAAAACGCAAGAAGUUUGCUUCAGUACCUUUUCGAGAGCACCUGGGUGGACAAAUUUAGUCGGGCUAUCUUUGUGGAGUUCACAGUGUAUAACGCUAACGUUAACCUCUUCUGCAUUGUCACGCUGAUGUUUGAGAACACAGCAGUAGGAGCAUUCCAGUACCGCAGUGAUCUACAAAGUGUCCGCCUUUAUCAGUCAACUGAUGGUUUUCAUAUUUUCAUGAUGGCCUCUGAAGCCAUCUAUUUUCUCUUCAUUCUUUAUUACAUGUUUCAGCAGGGAAAGCUUAUGAAACAGCAUAAGUGGGAAUACUUCAGGAGCAAGUGGAAUGUUUUGGAGUUAGCUAUCAUUAUUUUAAGCUGGAGUGCGCUGUGUGUUUUCAUCAAGAGGACACUGUUGGGCAAACGAGACAUUGAGUACUAUCAAAACCACAAAGACGAACAUGCUAGCUUCCAUGAAACUGCCACAGCAGAUGGAGUUCUUGGAUACCUUAUAGCUUUCCUAGUUCUGCUGGCUACAGUCAAACUGUGGCACCUGCUGCGCCUCAACCCUAAACUGCAAAUGAUCACCGCGACGCUUCAUCGGGCUUGGAACGACAUCUCUGGCUUCAUUAUCGUCAUGACAAUUAUGCUCUUAGCUUACUCCAUUGCUUGUAAUUUAAUGUACGGCUGGAAACUUUAUUCCUACCACACUCUUCUCCAUGCUGCUAAGACCAUCGUAAGCUUACAACUGGGGAUCUUUAACUAUGAAGAAGUUUUGCAUUACAAUCCUGUUCUUGGUGCAUUUGUCAUUGGUUCUUGCAUCAUCUUCAUGACGUUUGUGGUUCUCAAUCUGUUCAUAUCCGUUAUCCUGGUGGCAUUUUCUGAAGAACAGAUACACCAUAAGCCAUCUGAAGAGGAGGAAAUCGUGGACCUGAUGCUAAUGAAGAUAUGCAGCCUUUUGGGGAUCAGAGUUAAGAAGAACCAGUUUCCAGAGGAACCGAAAGCAAAACCUUUUGCUAUAACUUAAAAGUGCGAUUGAGAUAGAAAGAUAAAUGAGGUAGAAGAAGUGGCUAACAGAAGCUUUUAUGUAAUGCUCAUUAUCUUUGCAAAUUGCUAGAGCUAUUAAUAUCACUGCACAAUGCUAUAAUUAUAUUUAAAAGCUUAAUAUGAAAGGUGUUACAUGUAUUGUGUAGGCUUUUAUUAUACAAGCUGUAAAUCGUAGCUCGCGGAUUUUAGCCGCUUGAAUUUGUUUUGAUGAAACAAUCCAAAGACCGACAAAAUCUUGGUUUAAGGAGUCACUUUUUUG